AUGCGCAAGCCGACCAACUGCUUCGUCCACGCCCUCUUCGAGCCGCACCGCGACGCCGCCGCGCUCGAGGCGACGCAGAACCACCACCACACCCCUCCGGACGGCGACUACGCCAUCGCGGAAUCCCCAUCCGGCCCCACCACCACCGCCGCCGCCGCUGCCGCCGCCACCGCCGCCGCCGCCCACCAGGCGCAGGCCCUCCCGUCGUACGAAGGCAUACAAUCCGAGCGCGUGGCGGACAAGAACCCGGAUGCGGACGCGGGUCUGUACAACAACGGGGGCAUCAGGGGCGGGGAGCAGCGCGUGGCGGGAGGCGGCGGGGCGGGGCCGGUCGAGGCGGCGGUGCAGAGCCGGCUGUUGACGAAGAAGCAGAUCUCGGACAUGGCGUUCGGGAUCCGCGAGCUGGCCAAGAAGCUGGCGCACAUCCGGAUCAAGAUGAACGUGCGGAACGUCUUCAUCCUGGCCAAGGCGUACGACGAGACGCUGAUUGGGAAGACGAGGGAUAUGGCCGAGUGGUUGCUCGGGCAGGAGGAGAAGGGGUAUAGGAUAUACGUGGAGAAUACGCUGCAGGAUAACAAGAUCUUCGAUUAUAAGGGCUUGGUGGAGGGGAAUGAGAGCUUCAGAAAUCGAUUGAGGUUUUGGACGGUCGAGCUUUGCCAGCAGAGGCCCCAAACAUGGGAUAUCGUCCUUGCUCUCGGCGGAGAUGGCACGGUUCUGUACGCAAGCUGGCUGUUCCAGCACGUGGUUCCACCUGUUCUGGCUUUCUCGUUAGGCUCGCUCGGGUUUCUGACGAAGUUUGACUACGGUUCCUACGAGCACACUCUGACAAAGGCCUUCAACGAAGGUAUCACGGUCAGCCUGCGGCUUCGAUUUGAGGGCACGGUCAUGCGAUCGCAGAAGCGCGACAAGUGUGGCGGCAGUACACCGCGGGAUCUAGUGGAAGAGCUGAUUGGCGAAGAAAGUGAAGACUGCCAUACACACCACCCUGACGGAACAUACAACAUCCUGAACGAAGUCGUGCUCGACCGCGGGCCAAACCCGACCAUGUCCUCGAUCGAGAUCUUCGGCGACGACGAGCACUACACGAGCGUGCAGGCGGACGGCAUCUGCAUCGCGACGCCGACGGGCAGCACGGCGUAUAACCUGGCGGCGGGCGGGUCGCUGUGUCACCCGGACAACCCGGUAAUCCUGCUCACGGCCAUCUGCGCGCACACGCUAUCCUUCCGGCCCAUCGUGCUCCCCGACACCAUCGUCCUACGCGCGGGCGUGCCGUAUGAUGCGCGCACCAGCUCGUGGGCCAGCUUCGACGGCCGCGAGCGCGUCGAGCUCAAGCCCGGCGAUUAUGUCACCGUCAGCGCCAGCAGGUUUCCUUUCCCGAGCGUGCUGCCGGUCGAGCGGCGGGGCAAGGAUUGGAUCGAUAGUAUUUCGAGGACGUUGAAUUGGAAUUCGAGGCAGAGGCAAAAGGCCUUUAAGGAGUGGGAGAAGGAGGAGAAAUAG